AUGUUUUUUCCUCCAUCACAUAAAGACGUUCGAAAAAACCUUCGCUUGCCACCUCAAUGUGCUUGGUUAAAGUUAAACGGUUCAUGGCCUUUGUCAAAACAUACAAGUGACGGAUUAUUUUCGAAAAACGCUUUCUUGCACAUGACUUACACAGUAUGGGCGUGGUAUGUCAUUGGAUCUGUUGGUAUUACAAUUUGUUAUCAGACUGGUUUUUUGAUGACACAUCUUUCUGAUAUUAUAAUGACCACGGAAAACUGUUGUACUACAUUUAUGGGAGCUCUAAACUUCAUAAGGCUUAUUCAUUUACGCGUAAAUCAAAACAAAUUUCGAAGUCUUAUUGAAAGUUUUUACAAUGACAUUUGGAUUUCAAACAUAACCAAUCCAAUAAUUUCAACAAAAUGUCAAAAACGUAUGAGGACGUUUAUUAUUAUGACAGCUUUGCUUUCGUGUUUAAUUAUUCUUUAUUGUGCAAUGCCACUAAUUGAACUAUUAUUCACCAUGGGAUCCGACUCGAACAUAAAGCCAUUUCCCUACAAAAUGGUGUUUCCGUAUGAUCCUUACUGCAGUUCGAUGGCUUACGUUUUUACGUACAUAUUUACGUCAUAUGCAGGAAUUUGUGUGGUGACAACGUUGUUUGCAGAAGAUUCAUUAUUCGGUUUCUUUAUAACGUAUACCUGUUGUCAAUUUCAACUGCUACACGAAAAAAUAAUACGUUUAUUUAUGACAGAAAAGGAAUUUAAAGAUAACGACCCCAAAGAUGGGAAAAUUUAUUGUAAACGCCUAAAAAGUAUCGUAAAAAAACACAACAAAAUUAUUAGAUUUUCUAAGCAGUUGGAAGACUUUUUUAACCCAAUUUUACUGUUCAAUCUCAUUAUAUCAUCCAUUCUCAUUUGCAUGGUUGGAUUUCAAAUAAUAACUGGAAAAAACAUAUUUAUUGGUGAUUAUGUUAAAUUUCUUGUGUAUAUAUUUUCGGCAAUUUCACAAUUAUAUAUACUUUGCGAGAAUGGAGAUACAUUGAUAAGUCAUUCUUCUUCAACAGCGCAAUGCCUCUAUAGUUCCAACUGGGAAAACUCAAGUUUUUAUUUAAAUAAAAUCAAUUAUAAUAACUUUCAGAAGCACAUAAGGCUAAUGAUUCUUUGCAGUCAGAAGCCAGUUAAAAUUACAGCAUUUAAGUUUUCAACUCUAUCAUUACAAAGUUUUAGUGCGAUCUUAAGUUCUUCAAUAUCGUAUUUUACUUUGUUAAGGUCGUUGUACAAUGAUGCCAAAAAAUAA